AGCGGGAGUUGUAAAUGUCCUAAACUCAAUUCUCUGGUUUGAGCAGAAAGAGGGAAGCGUGCAUUUGCCUGCAAUAGCUCUUUUUUUUUAUUUUACUGUCUUUUUUCUACUGCUAGUAUGAGCGUCCUUGUGACGACUACAUUUUCACAAGGUGCUGUGUUUUAUGCUGGUGAGACCGUUUCCUGCACAAUCGAGUUCAGCAACCCGCUACCAACCCUUCCAAAAGCGCCGAGCGCUUCGUCGUCAUCCUCUUCUUCGUACAGCAGACGAUCAAGCACACGCUUUCAUCAACCUUCACCGCGCCAUCUUCAGGGCAAUGGUGGCCACAGUCGCUCUCACUCUUUGAACUCUGCGUCAGACAUAAGCGUGACCUCGUCCGGUAAACCGUCGUCCUCUUCGCCGCCGUCGCAACAACCGCAACAACCACAACAGUGGGAGCGCCAAACCAAAAGUGCUUCACGGGAAGUCGAAGGCUUGGCGCUUUUAACAGGGUCGACUACUAAAUCGGCAACGACUAGUCUGACUUCUUUGGCGUCGUCGACAUUUUCUUUUUUUACUGGAAAUUAUAAGCAAGACCAGCAAUCUACGCGUCAAGAUGGCCAGCGCGAAACACGUUGGGAUGCACCACAAUCGGGCGAGCAAGGGACUAUGAUAGCAAUGCAGGAUGAAACAGUCGGAAACCCUGCGGGAGGUGAGCCGAUUUCAAUUGAGCUUGGCGAUACCUUGACACCACGAUCCAGUAUCGAUACACAGUCCAUUCGCGAACCCUAUCUGGACGCCAGUCGUCGUAGUUCGGUCGACUCUUUAGCAUCCAAUCAUCCGUACCAUACGGCAGCGCGAGCAUCACAGUUGUCGGCACCGCGUCUUUCACAGUUUCUCCUCAGAUCGUCCUCUGCCCCUUCUCUUGUAAAAAAACCUGAGCAUCUUCUUUGGGGAUUUGCUCAAGUGGUUGGAAAUUUUAUCGUUGACCCAUCGCUCAUCAAUAACAACGAGUUUGCACCCUUGAAACGACGAACCAUGUAUCGUCCACACGGAUCUGGCAUGGGUGGAGGAGGUGGUCUGUUAAUGGGCAAACCUGAUGCGCAUUCCAAGAUUGACACGCGAACGACUCCUGUCAUUUCGACUCCACCCUCCAUCCUUUUUGUUGAUCUUGAUCUGGCCCCGGGCGAAACGAAAAAGUUUUCUUACAAACUCAAACUUCCCAAUGAUAUCCCGCCAUCACACCGAGGCAAAGCAAUUCGUUUUACUUAUUCACUUGUUGUCGGUACACAACGAUCAAACUCAUCUCCAUCGAAUGGCCAGGGUCAGGUUGUGCAGAUACCUUUCCGAGUGCUGAAUCACGUAUCUGAGGAUGGUUCUCGGCCAAUAUACGACUUGAUGAACCCUGUGGUCAUGUAUAAAGAUGAAGCUAUUGUGGAAGCCUUUUCAGAAGAAGAUUUCAAGAAAGCAAAACUGAGCAUGAGGCGAACAAGUAGCAAAGCUGCAAGUGAUAAAGCACGGAGUGAUUUCCUCGACUAUGUAAAUGAGUUAUCGGCCCACAGUUCGGAGAACGAAUCAUUUUCCGAAAUCACUCGUCGAGAAAGUGAUGCAUAUGAUGAACCUACUGCAGAACAAAAGCAAGAUGAUGAUGACACCGCAGAAAAACGGAUGUUUGGUAGAGCAUGCGCACAGAUUGUAUCACGGAUAACAAAUAGUAGUCGGAAAGCUAUGUUUGAUAUUUGCAAAAGUAAUCAGCGUGUUGCACAAUUACACAUGACAAAAACAGCAUAUCGGCUAGGUGAAGCAGUACUUGGUGUACUAGAUUUUGAGCAUGCGAUAUUGCCGACUUAUGAGGUAUCUAUCUUACUGGAAAGCAACGAAAUUAUUGAAUCAGAUAUCGCCCUUCGACCUGCCCAACAAAUUACAAGAAUUUCACGAAAAUGCUAUGCCGAGCAUCAUUCAUUUUGUCUUUCUCAUCGACGUUUAGCGUUCUCUUUACCGAUUCCUUCUAUUGCCUCACCAGAAUUCCAAACAACAGGAGUAAAACUGCAAUAUUAUCUCAAGUUUGAAUUCAUUGUCACCCAAAAACCCGCCGCUAAUCCCGAUACUACUACUUCCACUACCGCUAAUCAUUCCUCUCCUUCAUCCUCCUCCUCCAACAGUACUACCGCCACCUCCAGCAUCCCUGCAUCCUAUAUUCCAAUUAAUGUUGAUGAACGACAUAGACAUUUUCAAAGUGCGCAAGACGUUGACGUGAGCACAUUUGAUUGUCAAAUCCCUAUCCGGGUGUAUGGAUCACCGGGAGGAACUGAUCGCGCGGUCUACGGUCGUCCAUACACAUUCCUUGUACAGUAAACCAAUGUCUUCAACUCUUUUUCUCCUCGACUAACCCUAGUUUACCUUUUCCCCUCUCAUUUUUUCUUCAACAUGCACUUACGCACAACCUCAUUCUGUUUGUUGCUGAUUCGUUCCAACACAAAAGUGCUCUGGACCGAAGAAAGAACAAGUAAAACCACCAUUUUGUAAACAUUACGUGAACCCCAUAUGUGUAUUCAAUAAAUUGGCAAAUGCGCUGGUGGAUGGAGGCGGUAGCCGAACCAGCUCUUUGCUACUGAGCUCAUCAA